AAAAUAUUAUUACUACAAGAUAAUCCAAUUAAAGUCGCAAAAAUAAAUAAUAGACACAUGGCAACGUCGCUGACACGAGAAAAAAGCCGGCCGGUAAGAGGACUCACGUGUUUUGUUUUCGAUCGCGUCAUACGUGAUCGCAGUUUAUACGGGCUUCUUCUAUCGUUUUGUGCAGUUGUGUGAAAAUUGAUAAACUUAAUCAUGUGCGACUUUGCAAUUGUAAAUUUUGAAGACGGGAUGGCCAUCAUUAGAUCCAGUUGGGCAAUUAGAGACGAAAAGGGAAAAAUAAGUUCCAGUUAUUACCCGAUGGGAAAAAAUGCAAAUUCCGUCGUUCGCCAUCUUUUGUCUAGAGAAGAUGUAAAAAUAUCAAUUUCGAAGGGAGGCUGGAAAAUUCUGCCCGUCGAACAUUUAUGCGAUGCAAGUUCUUAUGAGUUAGCGACUCAAAAGAUUGAUGUGUUAGGAAAAUUGUCAGACAUAGAAAGUGAUGAUAAUAAAAAUCUCGAAAAACUGCGCAAGACGAGACAUCUUAGAUGCGCAAAAACAUUUCAGGAUUUUGAAACCGCCGUCGAUGCUGCAGUGCAAGAAAAAAGGAUGCCUUUCAAAAAUAUAAAAAAUAUCUUCCAGUCGCGGAUUAAGAAGGAGAACGAUAGACAGAUGAAGAAAUCAAAUCUUGAAAAUGAAGAUUCUCAACGGAUUGAAAAUGAAGUACCAAAAGGUAUAGAUAACUCUAAUAUUGGAGGCACAAAGGCAACAGACUUACUAGAAGAAGACACAAUUGAAGCAGAGGCAAUGCAGAAGAGUUUAAUUUCGGGAAAUCCUAUAAAAGCAAACUCAAGCGGAGAAAAUACAAUAGAAACAGUCGAAAAUGGCGAAAAUGCAAUAGAAGCAGGUACAAGUGGAGAAAAUGCCAUGGAUGCAGGCACAAGUGGAAAAAAUAUAACAGACGCAGAAACAACUGAAGAAACUGCAAUGGAAGCAGACGCAGAUGAGGAAAAUACAAUGGAAGCAGUUUUAGAUCCGAUGGUACAGGAGAGCCAGGAAUUUGUGAAUAAUAAUAAUGGGACAGACAGAAAAUUGCUUAUGCAAAUUUCCAGAAAAAUCACAUCAAUGGGAGUUGUUUUAAAAAUCAUGAGCGAAAAUCAAUCGAAUCCUAUAGAAUCCACUAAUAUACUACUUGACGAUCCUGAAAUGAAAAUAUUUCCCGCCAAAAGUGUCGAGGAACUAAAUGAAAUUAAUAGAAAAUUAAAAAAAUCAAGUCGCCUGAGAAUUAAAGUAAAAAAUGCGCUAUUAUCGAUUGGAAAAGGAACAUCAAUAAAUACAACUGUAUACGAUUUGAUGAACAAACUUUUAACAUUGCAAUGUGGACAACUUUACACGUUUAAGGGAAGGAGUAACAAGAAGCCAUCCUUCGAAAUUUUAAAAUUAACUUCGAUAAUAUGUGAUGUAGUCGUGCAAAUGAUCCCGAAGGCAGAUAGGUCCGAUGUAAAGAAGGCUAUUAUAUUAUGGUUGAACCAAUGUAAAAAUAAGGAGAAACGUUUACAAACUGCCUUACAAAGACGCCAAGUGAAUGAGAGAGAUGUAAUGGAAUCUUCAAGCGAAGAUGAGGAUGAAUAAAAGGUGUUUAAAGAAGACGAAGGAUUCAAAUUUUAAAAAAGACUGCUUAAUUUUUAAUAAAAAUAAUGUAACAUUUAUAAUAAUAACUUAAUAAAUCAUG